CGCCAUCGCGGAGGCUGCGUGGUGUAAAACUUUCCCUUCCAAGCCGUAGACGCUCUUUAUUCCCUGUGCGAGCAAGACCUGCACGCAGGCACCCGUUUUUUUUUUUGUUACACAGACCUUCUUCGGUGGAGGAAAGCGGGGCAGUGCAAAAGUAGCUCCAGAGUGUUUCGAGUACUACGUGAAGGUGCGUGAAGCGAAUUAGUGCCGUCGAUUGAGCGUUGUUCGUCUCCUGGAUUUGUGUGUCUGCAUAUCUGUGCGUGUGUGUGUGCUUGUAACUAGAUCUCCCUAUCGAGUGACGGCAAAGGACUUCUGUUCCGUUAAACAAAGCCAAAGCAGGAAGUGUGUAUGUGCUCGCGUGUGUGCUUGUGUAGUUUGUACAGUGUGAGUUGCAUGUGUGUGUGUGUGUGUUUGAGAGUGUUGCUGUAUAUAAAAAAAAAAUUGGCAUCAUUACGUAAGUUACUCUGGUGCGCCAAAGUCCGAACCGAAUCAUCGCAGUAGGCUUCCCUUCGAUUGACGGAGGCGUUCAGCGUGAAAGUAGUGAAGCUGAGAAACCAGUGCUAGUGAUCGGAAUGGCCAAGGACGACAGUGAGGGUACGGUGUAAUUGUGUGCAAGUCAAGCUUUCCGUGUGAUGUGUGUUUAAAUUAAGGGGAGAAUUUAAAAGAAAGAAUAACAACAAAAAAGGAAAUAUCCCUUUAGUUUUAGUGCGCUGUAGCGUUGCUUCGGGAGUGAGUAAGUGCGGGUUGGGUACGGUAGAGCUGAAACGUACUAAAUCCUUUCUCCCAAGCCCGUGCCAAACGUGAUCCUUCUUUCUUUUUUGCCCAUGUCGGUCGGUACUAUUGUGUGCUGCUUAGUGAGUGCAGAAGCCAGCGCUUCGGUGAUGCAGAAGAGAAAGUUGGAAAAGUUUCACUAGCGUACCGGUCCACCUUGUUCCACCUUGUCAGAUAAUCGAAUGUCUGGGCAAGAGGCCACAUGCAAAACGUACACACAUCCAACCCGGGAGUGCCAAAUUGAGUUAGAUCGACCGCAUUUGUGUGUGUAUGUGGGGGUGUGUGUAGGUGUGUGUCUAGGUGGUGCCACAUCCUCGGGCACGAAUCCGUAGCAGGGCGGCUUGCAAUCUAAGCGAAUUAAAUGCUUGAUCCGAGUGUGGAACAAGUUUACGCUCGGAAAUAAUUGAAGCCUCACACCUACCAGCUGGUGCUCAGGUGAACCAGAAGAAAGUGCGUGAACCGUUACGGCAGACCUCGUGUACCUCGAGAGUGCAUCAGCUUUCUGUUCUUGUUCGUUCGGUUCGGCCGCUACGGGGAUAAUACGUUCGGAAAACUCUUUAUCCGAAUCUCCUGUGUGUGUGUGUGUGUGAAGCCGGGUUCAGUUUUUCUUCCGUCAGCUUUGGUUUCGGUGCCGUUUCAUCCCGAUGCAGUGCGCGGUGAUGGUAUGGUGGUAGCGGCCAGUGUUUGUGGAUGGUCCGAUGCCAAGCCACGUGUCGUUGGCAGCAGAUACACAGCACCGUGCGAGCGAUUGCACACAGAUCGUCACCGAGCAGGUCGGAUCGUUCGUGGAAAAUGCUCUGCCCCUUCCAGGCUGCUGACACUACUACCGCCCGUGGCACAGUAACUAGCGGACGCAAUCAACGUAUUGAGAGUUAGCGGCCAUCAUGUCAACAGCCAAACGGCUGGUGCUAUCGUUAAGAGGUCGUAAAGAAUCUCACGGCACCGCCGGCACCUCCUCGACCCGGCUCGUCUCCGCCAACAGCACGUCGCCCGGCCACGAGCUCGACGAGAUAGCGGUGGUUUCGGUCGGCGCCGAAUCCGGCCACGUCUCCUACGGUAGCUUAUCCCUCGGGCACACCAAUGGACCCCGCUACAUACCAGAUGAUGAUGACGGGAAUGCUAGUUUUGACAGCACCAAACUGUCGAGACAUCAUUCGCACUCUCUCAACGGUACGGACGCGGCAAUAAUGCAUCUAGCGCCGCCGCCGCUCGAAGCCGUCGGAUCCGAUUUCAAUACGAUUCAAUCGUCCGCGGACCAUAACCGAAACUCUGUGAGCCGUCAAAGUCUCAUGGAUAUCGUCAGUUCCAAGCUAGGCAUGUCCGGCCCCCAGCUGGGCCAGAGCAUAUCGCAGCAAGGAUUCUUCUCGUCCCGUGACAGCCUCUCGGCGUCCGGCACGUCCCGGCCCCUGCACUCCCAUGUAUCCGCCACCACGUCCGAGAUGGAUCUGUCCCGGAAGGACAGGAAGCGCGAACGGAGCAAGCUGAAAGCGGCCGAUCCGCCCCUGCUCGGGUCCUGGAGCCGGACCGGGCCCCGCGAAUCGAACGCGAACGCGAUGGGACCGUGCGCGACCACCCGGGCCUCCACCAACCAUCUGGCCGCCGCACCGUGCGGCACCGGCAGCACCUGCAACGGCGCGGAUCGAUACAUCUUCGGCCGCCGUUCCGGCUGCUCGACCACGUCCCGCAAAUCGAACGGCCGCCGGUGGUCGUUCGUGUUCGAUCCGGCCGGCCG